GCCUCAAGAUGGCCGCCUUCUGGCGUCCGCGGCGCUGUUGAAUGGCGAAAGCUUUAUUGUUCCCUUCGGGCAGGAGUGUUCGUGUCCUCUAUGGCGCUGUCAAUAAAGAACGGCAGUUUGAAUCGGUGCUGAACAGAGAGGCAGUGGAUUACAGUGUUUAAGAGUACAAACCUCAGCACCAGACUGCCUGAUUUUGAACCCCACCCUGUUAUACAUUAGCUGUGUGACCUUGGGGCUGAUCCUCACAAAGUAGACUCUGGAAGAAGAGAAUAAGAGAAGUUCUCAGGGCAAAACUGACGCGAUGGAGCUCCCCAACUAUAGCCGGCAGCUGCUGCAGCAGCUCUACACUCUGUGCAAGGAGCAGCAGUUCUGUGACUGCACCAUUUCCAUUGGCACCAUUUACUUCAGGGCUCACAAAUUAGUCCUGGCUGCCGCCAGCCUCCUGUUCAAAACCCUGCUGGACAACACAGACACCAUCUCCAUCGAUGCCUCAGUGGUGAGCCCUGAGGAGUUUGCCCUCUUGUUAGAAAUGAUGUACACUGGCAGACUCCCCGUGGGCAAGCACAACUUCUCCAAAAUCAUCUCUUUAGCUGACAGCCUACAGAUGUUUGAUGUGGCUGUUAGUUGUAAAAAUCUUCUGACCAGCCUUGUAAACUGCUCUGUUCAGGGUCAGGUGGUAAGGGAUGUCUCUACACCAUCCUCAGAGUCAUUCCAGAAGGAAUCAGAGAAGCCUCAAGUAGAAAUCUUUUCCUCUGAAGGUGCUGGAGAGCCUCAUUCUUCCUCAGAGGUUUCUGCCACUCCAGGGGCCCCCAUGAAGGCUGAGACGGAGGAAGCAGUCCAUACAGUUACACAGGAGAUGAGUGUGGAUCCUCCCGCUGCCCAGGAGAUUCAGGGGAACACAGAAACCCCAGUGGAGACUCCUCAUACAGCUGAAAUUUGUUCCCCUGCCCCUGUUGUGCAAACCUUUAGUGAGGCAAAAGAGGCGAGCGCAGAACCAGAGUGUGAGAGGAAACACUACCAGCUGAAUUUUCUUCUAGAAAAUGAAACUAUCUUCUCAGAUGCACUCAAGGUUACCCAGGAUGUUUUAAAAAGACUAGAAGUAUGUUCAGAAAUUAAAGGCCCACAGAAGGAGACCAUAAUGAAGUGUCUUGAGAGUGAAGAAGGACAUUCAACAUUCCAGAGAAUCCUGGAUAAAGUAAGAGAUGAGAGCCUGGAUGUGCAGGCCGUUGUGUCCCUGUUGAGGUUGUAUCAAGAUUCUAAUCCUGCAGUGAAAACAGCGCUAUUAAGCAGAAAGCCAGAAGAUGUAGAAACAGUGCAGCCAAAAGGGAGCACAGAGGAGGGAAAGACCUUGUCUGUUCUGUUACUAGAACACAAAGAGGACCUGAUACAGUGUGUAACACAGCUGAGACCUAUUUUGGAGUUCCUGGAAACAGCCAAGGAGGAACUCCUGACUAGUGCUGAAAAAAGGGUGAUUCUGAAUUGCUGUGAGGGCGGGACACCCAAGGAGACAAUAGAAAAUUUGUUGCACAGAAUGACUGAAGAGAAGACCCUGACUGCUGAGAGUUUGGUAAAACUCCUCCAGGCUGUGAAGAUGACUUUCCCAAACUUGGGUCUUCUGCUAGAGAAUUUGCAGAAAAUAACCACUUUGCCAAGCACCACAGUCCAACCAAGCCUUGAUGAUUGUGGAACUGAGCUAUUGAGACGGUAUUACGAAAACCUCUCUGAGAUUUUCCCAGACAACCAGAUGUUACUGAAGGUGAUCUCACACAUGACGAGCUUAGCCCCUGGAGAAAGAGAGGUCAUGGAGAAGCUUGUGAAACGUGACUCUGGUUCAGGUGGUUUCAGUUCCCUGAUGUCAGCAGUUCUAGAAAAGCAGACUCUGUCUGCUACAGCCAUUUGGCAACUGCUGCUGGUGGCUCAGGAGACAAAGACCUGCCCCUUGAACCUGCUCCUGGAGGAAAUACGAAGGGAGCCUGGUGCCGAUGCUUUCUUCCGGGCAGUGACUACCCCAGAAAGUGCUGCUUUAGAGACAAUCCUGAGGCAUAAGAGAUUGAUCCUAGAGGCCAUCCAACAAAGGAUGGAGCUCAAGUACUUUACCACAGAGGAAGAACACCUGGCAGAGACUGUGAAAGAGAUUCUGAGCAUUUCCUCUGAGACAACCAGCCCCGAAGCUUCCCUGAGAGCAGUGCAGAGCAGAGCCAUGGAAAAAUCAGUCUCAGCCACGGAAAUAUGUCACCUCCUGUGCAGUGUCCACAAAUCCUUUCCAGACCUGCAGCCUGUCAUGCAGGAGUUAGCAUAUAUUGGUUUCCUUACUAAGGAAAAUGGAGAGAAAGACACGUGGAAGGUGAGUGAUAAAUUUCACCUUGAAGCCAAUGACAAAGAAGAUGAAAAGGCAGCAGAGCCGGCUAAAGAAGACUGCCAGUCUAGGGAACAAAACGAUCAAGGAGAGACUGGUUCCUUGCCAGGACAAGAAAAGGACGCUUCUGCCUCCCCAGACUCUGCCAAGAAGAACUUCGUCUGUAAGGCCUGUGACAAAAGCUUCCAUUUCUACUGCCGCCUAAAAGUGCACAUGAAGCGCUGCCGGGUGGCCAAGAGCAAACAGGUGCAGUGUAAAGAGUGCAGUGAGACCAAGGAUUCUAAGAAAGAGCUGGAGAAACAUCAGCUGGAGGCCCAUGGUGCAGGUGGAGAGCCUGAUGUCCCCAAGAAGAAGAAGAAGAGGCUUCCAGUGACCUGCGACCUCUGUGGGAGAGAAUUUGCCCACGCCUCAGGCAUGCAGUACCACAAACUGACAGAGCACUUUGACGAGAAGCCUUUCUCCUGUGAAGAGUGUGGGGCGAAGUUUGCGGCCAAUUCUACGCUGAAGAACCACCUCCGCCUUCACACUGGAGACCGCCCGUUCAUGUGCAAGCACUGCCUCAUGACCUUCACCCAGGCCUCCGCUCUGGCCUACCACACCAAGAAGAAGCACUCGGAGGGAAAAAUGUAUGCAUGCCAGUACUGUGAUGCUGUGUUUGCCCAGUCCAUUGAGUUGUCCCGCCACGUGAGGACCCACACCGGGGACAAGCCGUAUGUGUGCAGGGACUGUGGCAAGGGCUUCCGGCAAGCUAAUGGCCUCUCCAUCCACCUGCAUACCUUUCACAACAUAGAAGAUCCUUAUGAUUGCAAGAAAUGCAGGAUGAGUUUCCCCACUCUGCAGGAUCACCGGAAGCACAUCCACGAGGUGCACUCCAAGGAGUACCACCCCUGCCCCACGUGUGGAAAGAUUUUCAGUGCCCCUUCCAUGCUGGAGCGGCACAUGGUGACCCACGUCGGAGGGAAGCCCUUCAGCUGUGGGAUCUGCAACAAGGCCUACCAGCAAUUGUCUGGUUUGUGGUACCACAAUCGGACCCACCACCCUGAUGUGUUUGCUGCUCAGAACCAUCGGUCUUCCAAGUUCUCAUCACUCCAGUGCAGCUCGUGUGACAGAACCUUUCCCAACACCAUUGAGCACAAGAAGCACAUCAAAGCGGAGCAUGCAGAUAUGAAGUUCCAUGAGUGUGACCAGUGUAAGGAGCUCUUCCCCACACCAGCCUUGCUGCAGGUUCACGUCAAGUGCCAGCAUUCAGGGUCCCAGCCAUUCAGGUGCUUGUACUGUGCGGCCACUUUCCGCUUCCCUGGAGCACUGCAGCACCACGUCACCACGGAGCACUUCAAGCAGUCGGAGAGCACCUUCCCCUGUGAGCUCUGUGGGGAACUCUUCACCUCCCAGGCCCAGCUUGACAGUCACUUGGAAUCUGAGCACCCAAAGGUGAUGGGCACUGAAACCCAGGCAGCGGCCUCACAGAUGGUGCAGGUGAUCCAAACCCCAGAGCCAGUGGCCCCGGCAGAGCAGGUGAUCACUUUGGAGGAGGCCCAGCUUGCUGGGUCGCAGGUGUUUGUGACAUUGCCAGAUUCUCAGACAUCUCAGACCAGCUCUGAGCUCGUGGCGGUGACUGUGGAGGAUCUGCUGGACGGUACCGUGACCCUGAUCUGUGGUGAGGCCAAGUGAGCGGCUGCUCGUCCCGUGGAGGGGUUCCUGCCUUUGCACCAGAGAGAAAGCUCCGCAACUUGCCGCUUGCCUUCUGUCCCUGGCUGUCCUGAGUGGUGAGCAUCUUAGCUUCACAGCAACCAAAACUGUCUCACUUGGAAAACGGAAGCUUCGUUGUUCUCAUAGAAGCAAUGGUGUGUGAGCCACCAACACCACCACCACCAUCCUCUGUGGCAGACAAGCCUCCUUCCCACGGGCCUGCUGCUUUCGCCUUGGUCCAUCUCCAAGUAAAGUGCAGCUUCUGAAACAGAGUCUGCAAGAGCACUGGGGUGGGAGCUGGUGACCAGGGCAACUGAGGGAGUGCGAUGUGCUGACAGCACCCAGUGAGCAGGAUGGCAGUUAACUACGGGACGUGGCCCACCAAGUGGGGCGGCAAACACUGCCGGUGCCUCUGGCCACUUAAAAAUGAAAGAAGCGCCAAGAGACCAUCCAGGGACCCUGGCCUUGAGCGUACUUGGCCCUUUGCUAACUCCUGUCUUCCUCCCCUCUACUUGGGUACCCCUGUACCCAGUGGCUGUGCCCCACACCCCUGGUGGUGGCAGUGGACAGGUAGCCAUGUUAACAAUGCAGAAAGCCGUCAUUUCCGUGUAGUCCCACCGUGGCAGUAGUCAGCCCUUCCCAAAACAGAGCCUUUGGAGUGUUCAGUGUGAGGUGUCCGCUGCGAAGAAUAUGCCUUUCCAGGAUGUUCUUCAUGGUGUUCGUUACCUUAGGGCUGGUUUUUACAGCUCCUCCAUCUUAUCCUCAUCCUCCUCCUCUAAUCAAAGGCUAAAACUUCUACCCAACCUGGAGGCUUGGCUGCUCCCUCUGGAGCGUGCGAGGUAGCUAAUGAAGGGGCACCAGGUAGGUGGUCCUGUCUGCGUUUGGAGGAGCAGCCACAGUCACCCUGGCUCCGUUUCUGCCACCGGCCUCCAUGCCUUGGGAGUGGCCUGCUGUCUGCGCUCCCAGGCUGCCACACUUACUGCAGGCCAGUGAGCCUUUGGAGUCUGAAUUUCACAAAGCAUUUUAUCUUUAGUUCCUAAAAUAUAAUCUGAUAAUUAAUGGUUUGUGGAAUCCAUUAUGAAGUGCAAUUAGAUGGAUAUAGGUUCCUGCCGUUUGGAGAGAACGACUAGCAUUUAUCUUCUUUCCCUUCCAUGCCAAAAGGUUGAAAUCUGCUGGUGCAGUGUUUACACACCAGGCAGGGCUCCCGCCACACUGUGUGGCUUGAGCCCUGCAGAGGGGAGGGCCCGAUUUGAUCACUCACCCUCACUCCCCCUCAAGCCGCGCUGGCGGAGAUAAGCCCACCCCUUUGUUCCAAGCCCAUCGUACGGAGGCAAGGGGUUCAGUCAUGCCUGGAGCUUUUACCGCUGCCACACACUCAGGUCGCACCCUGCUAGAAGAGCAGAACGUAGAACCUGAACACCGCCCAGCGCGUUCUCUGGCUGGCCAUCGAGACCGGCUCUGUGCGGGCAGCCUGAUGGUUUCCACGGCAAGUUCCAGCUCCUGGCAGCUUGGGCCUGCUCACCCCAGCCAACUGCUCUGUCCUGUCCUCCCGUUGAUAUGCAGAUCACUUGAGCUUGACAGUUCAGGGCUCUUCCCAUUCUGUACUAAAUGAAAUUUUUAAAGGCAAGUCGGCCACAGAAGCCAAAAGCUGACCAGAAGAUGGUGCUCAAACCUUUAAGACUUCGCCUCCAUGUGAAGGCCUCACUGUUUCUACCAAGGCUGUCCUGUCUUAAGCUUUUUCAGUCCCGUGAGCUGUCAGACCAGGAGAGCUCUUGAUCUGCAAGGGGCAAAAUGGCACUGACUCUGCCUGUGGCACCAGAUAAGACCCACUGAAAGCCAGUGGGGUGGCACAUGUUGACGGGGCGUUGGUGCCAGGCCUGGUGGCUGAGGAUGCAGCUCCUCCUGAGCCGUGGGGUGGUGGCUGGGAACUGCAGUGAGCGUCACUAAAACUUCUUCCAGCCAAAACACAUCAAAUCAAGUGCUGAGGGCUUGUAGGAGAAAGUGAUCGAAAAAAAAAAAAAGUCUUCUGAAUAAAGAGAGCUGAAAGUUUCAAACCCAAGCGUCAGACCCUUUCAAGCACUAAGAAGCCUUUCUCGGGUUUCUGGUAGAGCCCCAGAUGGUGGCAGGACACUUGUUUCUUCAGAAGCACCAGACUUGCGGCGUGCCAUGCCGAGAGCGAGCAGAGGAGCCUCAGGCGCUGCCAGGGCCCCCACAUGCCCUCGCUCAGGGCACGCUCGCUGGGAGGAGGCCACUCCGUGCUGGAUCUGGUCAAGCAUGGGUGGAAGGGCCGUCCUAAGUCAAGUGUUUGCUCUGAGUAGGCCUCUGCGUGGGCCGACUGUGAGUCUACGGUGUCACUCCCUAGAGAGGCCCAGGCGUGGACUUCAUUGGGAAGACCUUUCCCAGUUCUCCUCGGCCAUUUUAUUCUUUUCUCACUUCUACUGAGAGACCUUGUGAAUUGCUGCCACAGAGACGUUGCUAAUGUGGUCUCCUUCGUCCACACCGCUUGUUUGGCUAUGGCCCCUGUGUUCCGUUUGCCCUGUUCCCGUGGCCUCUGGGCUGAGCUCUGGGCUGUCUGUGGUGGCAUGGAGAAGUCUGCGGGCUUCCUGGAACACGUGGAUUUGUUCACUGGAUCCCCAGACCUUGUCUGCUGCCAGAGCUCAUGAUCCAGCUGGUAGGGAGGGAGAGGCAGGCAGAUUGCAAGCCGGAGUCUGAUUCUGUGGGAAUACUGGGAUCACAGGUAAGUGAGAUAGCAGACAGGUCAUUCAAGAGCAAGGGUUACCGUAGGAAGAUGAGACUCUUACUGUCCAAGGACAUGAGUGGAACCUGGAACCAGAGGGGCAGAGACAAAGGUCUUUAUUCAUGUAUUUUAGUAAGCGUGUCUGUUCUGUCUCAGAAGCUCAGUUAGGAAAACUGAGCCCAGUGAGUCCCAGGUUCUGUGGUGUGAGUACUGGGUUUCCCCUGGCGAUUCGGGUCCUCUCUGAAGAGCAAGUGUUUUGACUUGUCGGCGUCCACAGGAGACACAUCACCUCGUCCCUCCGGCCAGAGCUCAGAUGGUCAAAGGCUGAGGGACAAGACAAGGUCCAGUGAGACGGACAGUGAAGGGAGAGACGAGUUCGUUCUCUGCGUGCAGGCUCAGUCAGGUGGGACUCCCAGAAUCGAGGGGAAGCAUGAGAGGGGGGCCCUAAGUUCCUCUCUCCAGGGGCUGUUGGUGUUGUGGUCACCAGAGGCCGAUGACAUCCUGAUGGUGUGUGAGGGUGCCUUUAAAUCUCAUGUGCUUGAGACCCGUGAAUGGGCUGAGGGGUGGCGGAAAUUGCUAGGGGGCGGUCAGAGUUCCUAUUAAGGUGGGCUGGCGGUUGCACAGUGAUGGAGGUGGUGCUGGGAUGCUUUCAUCUGUCCUCUCGAAGGAGGAAGCAGCACCCCUGCCCUGUUCUGCUUGGCCCAGUGUAUCCCAGGGAUACUGGGGGGUAGGAAGAAAAGGGGAGUAAAAAAGAUUUGGGGGUGAAGGGAGUGUCAGAGGCAAAUUGAUCAUUGUUUUGUUGCCAUGGAAACCUUAGGGAUGGUGGCCUUAGCAAAAGCUCAGAAGCACAGCUGAAACUCAGAAACUUGCCACUGCAGCUCGGCCUAUAAGGAAGGGAGAAGCUGUCUGUACUUUGGGGAGUACGUUGUUGAGGAAAAAAGUCAUUCCCUGGGCUAAUUUAGAUUACUUCCAAAUUGUGGAAAUGUUCGUUGUUUCCCUUACCAAGGCCAGUCUCCCCUGCUUCCCUCCGUGGUCAGGACAGCCAGCCCCCACGGGAUGCUGUGUAAAUUGGAUUACAAACCAUAUUCAUGUUCGACUUGCACUAAUCUGUAUAAAUAAAAUAUGUACUUUGAAAAAAA